AUGGACAAGCGUGCUCUUCAAGACAUCAGUAAUCCCUCUACGUCUACUACAGGUCAUUCCGCGAGUGAGAAGACGAUUACAUCCGACGAGGCUGAAGAAAGAGGGCUAUCGAGUCAGAUGGAGUAUCUUAAAAACCUGCUCAUGCGUCAUCCAUACUUCAUGGAUAAACUUUACGCGCUGCUAGCGGUCAUCAUGUAA